GGCCCUGGCGUCCAUCUGGAUUUGUUUGCCGUUGAAACCCUCAUCAGCAUCGCAAAGACUGCCGUCGACAUCCAUCAAACUGUACCAAAUACAACAAAACGAACGAUGACUUCCAGAAAAGGACCAAGGAGAAAGGGAUCAUCGUCGUCCAACAAAACCGACAACAUUUCCCUGAGCAGUCGCAGCGACUCCUCGUCCCAUAAAUCAGAAGUAGCCGCUUCGCUGAGUAAAAUACUGCUAGACAACUCGGAGGAGGACGACGACUUUCUCUCAGGUGCUAGGUUUCCGAAAAAGGCUCCGCAAAGGAAAACGACGUCGAAAUCGAAAUUUCCGAAAGUUAAGACCGCUAUUGAAGGGGAUGAAGCCUCCGUGAAGAGUGCCCUACCACGUCAAUCGUCUCGCAGCCCAAAAUCACGGAGGAAUAAAUCUGCCCCGUCAGUGGCUGGCGAAACGCCGAAACGUAGGGUUUCCAGGAAUCCAAGAACUGCCCCCGGCAUCGCAUUGCCGGUACACGACGAACAUGAUGGAACCUAUGGUGAGUGUACACUAAACGACGAGGAAAAGGAACCAUCCGCAUCUCCGCUUGCCCUGUCCGCGCAAAACAUCAAGGGGAGCGCGAAGAAAUUGUUCGACAAGGCUGUUCGGGCAGCGAGCCCGACCAGCUUGAGACGGCCCCGUUCCAAGAGCGCGGGGCGCCAAUCAAACAAUGCCAAUCGCGACUCUGAGAUCGCAUGCCCAAAGCGCCAGCCCAGCCCAGGUCGUCUCAAGAAACAUACUGGAGAGCUCGACACGAGCAGAGGAGAUAGAAGCACUUCUUCGAAAAGUCGAUCACAGAGUCCCGGGAGGCUGAAGAAACGGGCCGAGAGCCCUGGAAGCCUGAGGAGGCGAGCUGCUAGUCCUGGAAGAUUUAGAAAGUGGACCGAGGGCCCUGGAGCAUUGAAAAAACCAACAGAGAGCUCUGAGAGCCAAAAGAAACGGGCCGAGAGUCCUGGGAAGUUGAAGAAACAGGCCGAAAGCACCGGAAACACGAAGAAUCGAACUGUGAGUCCAGGAAGGUUGAAAAAGCGAGCCCAGAGUCCCGGGAGGUUAAGAAAGCGGUCCCAGAGUCCCGGAAGAUUGCGGAAACGAGCCGAGAGUCCUGGGCGACUUAACAGGAACGCGAGGAGAAUGGCACGAAAAGAACAAUCCGAAAAUUCAAGUAACUGCGAAAGUGGUGACGGCAAGCUCGGAGCGAUGCUAGACCGAGAUGCCAAAGAAAAAUCAAGGAAAAGAGAAACCAGAAGUAUUGCGAGUGGCUCUUCAAGAAGAAGUUCAUCGGCGGGACCGCUGAGAAAGCCCCGAUCAUCCCGAUCCUCCAGGAGUGGAAAAUCAAAAACUACAGAAGAACCCGGAGACAAAAUUCCGUCCAAGCCUAGGCAGUCUCAUCGAGCUCCCAGUAUCAGUGAAGAAGAUGAUGCACCUCCUAAGGCGCAACCCAGCUAUUCUAAUAUGAAAGACGAGCUACAGAAACACAAAGUUAAAAGAAAUAGGAGCAUGGAUCCGACCAUGGCUCUAGCCCUGCAGAAACAAAUGAUUCUUAAAAGCGAAGAAGAGAAGGAACAAAGUGAACGAACGAGAGCCCCCGUUAGACGAGCCGCAAGCAUGAUUUUGACCCGUGAAAUGGGGCGGAGAGGCAAUCAAGAAUCCUCCAUCGAUCUAAUUCAGUACAAAGAAGAGGAAAUACACAGUACUUCUUAUUUUGCGAGCAACCAUGUCUUGAUAAAUCGAGAGCGUAUGAAACGAGGACUCCGACCUCUCACCCGGAAUGUAGCGAUGGAUCAGUUGGCGAGGAAGAAUGCUGAGGCAAUGGCCAAAUCGAAAAAAUGCAAGUGCCUCGAAACUACAUACGUAGGGAAUGUGAUUCGUGGUGAGUCGAUUCGAUCGAUUCAUCAAUCGGUAAUGCUUCAAAAGCAGGGGCGAGAACGAGCAAACAUAUUGAAUCCAUAUUUCCAAGACUUUGGAGUUGGCACCUCAAAAAGUGAAGAUGGAGAACUGUACAUGUGCCAACUAUUCAGCGAACGCUUGGAACUGCCACUCACGGAUACUCUUGAAGAUAAGACUGAACAGACAGCACCAUGAAACCAUUUUUUACAGAAGACAGGAGGAUGGAAAACAAAGAUGAAGUGCUUCAUUGGGGUAAUUCAUGGUAUGUGGGGUUCUCUGUCGUGUUUUGUGGGAUAUCUAAUCAUAAAUAUUGUCUACUGUG